AAAGGAGAUCGUCGCCAGCAACUACAGAAUAUUUGGAAUGCAAAGCAUGGAGUUCAGACACUUGUUGUACAGCAAAUUUCACAACCCAGUUGAACAAAACUCGACUACGCGAUUUGUAUGGCUUUCAUUGGGGUCACUGCAAAAAUAUUUCACAGAAAUGUGAGAGAUUCCUCCUCGAUGAAGAAUGUUUCUAUCAAUGUGAACCACGAUUAUACAGAUGGCAUGUAGCCAAUGGAGCAAUAAAAAAUGUCCCAAUAUGUGGUGAUUUUUGUAAUGCUUGGUAUGAAGCUUGUAAGGACGAUGAAACUUGUGUUGAAAAUUGGGUGACUGGUUUCAAUUAUUCAAGUUCAAUGUACUCUUGUCCGAAAAAUUCAGUAUGCCGUACAUUUGCACAGUGGUACGGCAGUGGAGAAGGUUGUGCAACAAAAUGUGGGGUACAUCAUUUCGUUAUGUGGAUCCAAAGUGUCCUUGCUCAAGAAUGGAUGGACCAAUACCAGCUAAUGUGAAUGAAAACUCGACAUGCUCCAUCAACAGCAUCACACCAACACAAAAUACGAUGGGAGAAAAGUGCUUGCCAACAUCAUUUCAUAAAAUGAGAUCGUCGCCAGCAAAUACAGACUACUUGGAAUGCAAAGCAUGGAGUUCAGACACUUGUUGUACAGCAAAUUUCACAACCCAGUUGAACAAAACUCGACUACGCGAUUUGUAUGGCUUUCAUUGGGGUCACUGUAAAAAUAUUUCACAGAAAUGUGAGAGAUUCCUCCUCGAUGAAGAAUGUUUCUAUCAAUGUGAACCACGAUUAUACAGAUGGCAUGUAGCCAAUGGAACAAUAAAAAAUGUCCCAAUAUGUGGUGAUUUUUGUAAUGCUUGGUAUGAAGCUUGUAAGGACGAUGAAACUUGUGUUGAAAAUUGGGUGACUGGUUUCAAUUAUUCAAGUUCAAUGUACUCUUGUCCGAAAAAUUCAGUAUGCCGUACAUUUGCACAGUGGUAUGGCAGUGGAGAAGGAUUGUGCAACAAAAUGUGGGGUACAUCAUUUCGUUAUGUGGACCCAAAGUGUCCUUGCUCAAGAAUGGAUGGACCAAUACCGGCUAAUGUGAAUGAAAACUCGACAUGCUCCGCCGGUAACACCAUAUCGCAGUUAACAUGGAAAUGGUCUUUUCAAGGACUUUAUCUUAUUCUUCUUGUCAUUGUAAUCUUGUAAUCAAGUAAUGAAUAUGCGGUGGUUAUUUAUUAAUGCACAAAAUAACACAAAAAUUCACUUAACCUAGUUCUUUGCUGCCCAUACGUAUUUAUAAUGACAUACAAAAUGAGUGAAUUACUCUGAUUAUAUAACUAAGCGAUAGGAUUAUAGUUGUACUCAGCACUUGGGUUUAAAUGGAUGAUUGAACAAUAAAAAAAUAAAGCUCUAA